AUGUCCGACCCGAUCAACGCAAACCCCACGGUGAUCGACGUGGCAAAUUUGCCUACGCGUGACACACACAUCAAAAAGAAUGACCCUGGCCAGGAGCUUGUGGAACGUAUUACUUCCCUUUCCUUGAGGGUGCCUCAUGACCUCAACGCUGCUUCAGAUGAGGAAACUCCAGACUUGGUUUCGGACUCUGGCGAAUCUGUCGAUGAGGAUUUUGAAGAGGAGGAGGACCCUAUCGAUGCCCAGGAGGUGUUUGAUCUUAUUGCUACCAUUUCUGACCCUGAACAUCCCUUGACUUUGGCUCAGUUGGCUGUGGUGAACCUCCCGGAUAUCACAGUGACUCACGGAGCCACAAAGAACGAUCUUUCGGAGGUACUCAUCCGGAUCACCCCUACCAUCACACACUGCUCGUUGGCCACGCUCAUCGGCCUCGGCAUCAGAGUCCGUUUGGAGAGAUGCCUUCCACCUCGGUUCAGAAUCAGGAUUUUGAUCAAGGAAGGCACCCACCAGUCGGAAAACCAGGUCAACAAGCAGCUCAACGACAAGGAGCGUGUGGCUGCUGCGUGUGAGAAUGACCAGCUCCUCAGCGUCAUCUCCCAGAUGCUCUCGUCUUGCAAGUAG